UAAACAUGGCCGGCAUUAUAAAUACAGACCGCGGAAGAGCGACUUCCCUGACCCAAUACUUUCUGGAAAACCAUAUUCGUAUCGCCUCCAGCCUUCAAGUAUUGCCAAUCUGACUAACUUGAGGGUGGUGAAAUUAAAAUGAAAAAAGGGCCAAAAGACGAAGUGGACACAGUAUGACUACUCGUUUGGACCGUUUGUUUCUUCUCCUUGACACUGGCUCCACCCCUGUGAUUCGGAAGUCUGCCGCGGAACAGCUUGGAGAGGUACAGAAACUCCAUCCCCAUGAAUUACAUAAUCUACUGGCUAAGGUACAUUGCUAUCUGCGGAGCAGUUCCUGGGAAACAAGGAUUGCUGCUGGCCAUGCGGUGUGUGCUAUAGCAAAACAUGUGCCCAAGUGGGAGCCACAGGGGGCACCAAAGGAAGAGGAGUCUUGUUGUAAACCUCUGCCUGGUCAGCUGACAGUCAGUGGGUUCAACAUCGAAGCAGUCCUUAUGCAUGCUGCUUCACUUCUUGGCUCAGAGGGUAUGGAGUAUGACACAGAUGAGGAAACUAAAGGAAUGGACCCCAAGGAUAAGGUCACGAGGCAAAGACAGCUAUUGAAUAAACGUCUUGGUCUUGAUGUGGCUGGAGGAAUGGGCCUGGCGCCUGAUGACCUGUUUAAGGAUGAGGAUCUUAUGGAGAAGCCUUCAGAGUCACCUAAGGCAGAGACCGUUCCACAGAAAGCAAUAAGUGAACUUGUAGAGCAGCACAUCCAGCAAUCAGGUGGACACCUGAGUGCUCGGGAGAAGAACAGAGCAAAACGAAAAGCCAAACUUCUUGUUAAACAGAUCUCUAAAGAUCCUACCAAUGGAAAUGGGGAUAGUAACAGUGACUGUGAUCUACCACCAAAGAAGCGGAAAAUGGCGCGUGUGUUGGUUCCCCAACCAUCCUCGAAGGAUAAGGUGCUCCUGGAUAAUGUCAUGGAUUCUACAGUUGAUAUGGAUGAUUGUGAAGAUUGGCCUUUUGAUGGGUUCUGUGAACUCCUGAUCCAAGACUUGUUCCAUUCCUCUUGGGAGUUCAGACAUGGAGCCGCCACAGGCCUCAGGGAGGUGAUCAAGCUGCAUGGACUUGGGGCCGGCAAGAGUCAGGACAUGCCUUCUGAUCAGCUGUCCACUUCGAAUGAGUUUUAUCUUGAGGACCUUGCACUAAGACUGCUUUGUGUCCUAGCGUUAGAUAGAUUUGGUGAUUUUGUCUCAGAUGAGGUGGUUGCUCCAGUACGUGAGACUUGUGCCCAAGCUCUUGGUGCCACCGUGAAGUGUCUCAGCUGCGAUGGUGUGGCUGGCAUCCUUAACGUCCUACUUCAACUUCUGAAGCAAAGGCAGUGGGAGGUGCGUCACGGAGGCUUACUGGGAAUCAAGUAUCUUCUGGCGGUGAGACAGGAAAUGACAUCAGACCUUCUUCCAAAAGUUCUCAACUACAUCUUCCAAGGUUUACAGGAUCAUGAUGAUGAUGUUCGUGCAGUUGCUGCGACAUCUUUGUUGCCAGUAGCGACACAGCUUGCUACGCUACUACCGCAGCAGAUUCCACUGAUGGUGUAUUGUCUGUGGAACACGUUAUUAGAGCUAGAUGAUCUCACCUCUUCAACUAAUAGCAUCAUGUCACUUCUUGCUGCCCUGCUCCAGACCCCAGCUGGAAUGGUCGCUCACAGUUCCAACUCGACUCUGACCGAGUUUGUCCCUCGUCUGUGGCCCUUCCUACGUCACAGCAUAGCCUCAGUGAGGAAGUGUGCUCUGGAAACCCUUUACACUAUCCUCUGCCAAGAGCAAUCUCCAAUCUGGCUCAUUCCGAUACUUCAAGAUGCCUUGAGACAUAUCUACCAGAGGAGUCUUUUGGAACAUAAAGCAGAACUAUUGGAAAUAAUUUAUAAGGUUUGGUGCAAGCUGAUUGAGCGCUCUCCCCACGAGUAUCUGAUCGGAGCCUCGAUGCCUUGGCUUGCUGUCUGGCUAUGCCUCAUCAUGCAACCGUCCAUUGUUCCCUUUGAGAGAGCCCUCCUCAUAGAAGCAAAACAUAAGCACAAGGAUCCACAAGAUCUCAAAGGGCGCCCCAUUCCAGAGCAUCUAGUCAAGGAAGCUGAAUACUUCAUUGGUGGGAAUGAGUCUAUGGUUGAGAGGAAGAGCUUGAGAGAUCAGCAUGUGAUGGGGGCCAGACUCUUGGCCAGUAGGUUGCUUGGUUUCCUUUGUAGCCACAUCACCCGCCCUCCACCACCACCAAAGAAGUACCCCGAGGGUAUGGAGACACCUCUAGAAGCUAUGGCAAAGUUGUUGCUCUUCCAUUUGGAUUCUAAAUCGGCUCUGCAAAGAUUUGCCAUAGCAUCUGUUGUAAGGGAGUGGGCAAUGAUGGAUAAGGAUUGUCCGUUACAAGAAACGGUGAAAUCUCGCAUUCAGUCAUGUCUGACAGAGGCAAUCUACUUUGAUGAGAUAGCGGUGCUAUUCACGAGGAUGCAGAACAGAUGCCAGGAAUUCAUGACGUUACUUGGAGAGAAAACCAAAGUUGAGGUGGCAGCUAUGAUACAGGCAGGGCCUGUACUGACAGUUGAACAAGCUAAUUCACUUUGCAAUGAAGUGUUCAACUCCAUGAAGGAUAAGCUACAGGGCCAGUCGCUACAGCUUAUUGAUGAGAAACGGUUGCAGCUUCUGAGCACCGUGUCACAAACCAGUUCCGAACAGCAAACGCUCUCAAUGAGGGCUCAGACCAGUCUUGCUGGGGCGUUGGUUAGCCAGGGGUACCUGCCUGAUAAGAUGAAUCCGGUCAUUCGACCCCUCAUGGAUACCAUAAAGAAAGAGGAGAACUGCCAGUUGCAGAAACUGGCAGCCAAGAACCUGGCUUUCUUACUCAACCAUUGCAUAGACAGGACGCCAUGUCCCAAUGCCAAGGUUGUGAAGAAUCUGUGUAGCUUCCUCUGUUCAGAUCCAUCCACCACGCCUGUAGUCAACCAAAGCAAUACAAAUACAGAUGCUAGCUCUGUGGAUGCAGCAAUCAACUGUGAUGUUUACUCAGGUAUCUUGACCCUGUCUGCUCAAGCUCGCAACAUGGAUGUCGGUAGGAAGAGAACGUCCAAGAAGGAAUCCACCUUUACCCGUGAUAUUCCAACAGACAUUCUUCCGAAUGGCGAUCAAGGUUCAAAUUGCCUCCAAGCAAUACAAAGAAGAGGAGCUGAGCUCGCUCUGACAAUCAUAUCCAAGCAUUUUGGCGCACAUUUAGAUAGUCAAGUUCCCAACCUAUGGAGUGGCAUGCUGAGUGCGUUGUCAUCUUUGGAGAAAGACAAGUCAGACUUGUCAUCUUUGAAAGAGAAUGAUUCGGCUGCUCAAGAGCUAGUCAACUCCCUGCAGGUCCUUGAAACAGUGGGAGCUGAACUUAGUUCACAUUUGUAUAAUAAGUUACUUGCGCACAUCACCCACCUAUGCACAUGCCUGGAACAUCCUUAUACAGCAGUCAGACACAUGGCAGCUCGUUGUCUAGGUACCCUGGCCAAACUGGACAUUGUGACUGUGAUGACUUACACCAUUGAACAUAUCUUACCGCUAUUCGGAGCAUCGGAUAACGUAACCGUCAGACAGGGAGCACUGGAGACUCUGCAUUAUAUGAUUGACCACCUUGGUGUCGAAAUUGUGCCAUACACCGUCCUGCUAGUCGUCCCGGUGUUGGGACGCAUGACUGACCAGAAUGAAAGUGUUCGGUUGAUGGCCACGCAGUGUUUUGCUAUGUUGAUCCGGCUCAUGCCACUCGAGGCUGGUAUUCCUGAUCCUCCUGACCUGAAGAAGACGUUGGUUGACCAGAAAGAUAGGGAGCGUCGCUUCCUCGAGCAGCUCAUGGAGACCAGCAAAUUAGAAGACUAUAAAGUGCCAGUCAAGAUUGAUGCUGAGUUACGCAAAUAUCAGCAGGAUGGUGUAAACUGGUUGGCAUUCCUCAACAAGUACAAGCUUCAUGGCAUACUCUGUGACGACAUGGGUCUGGGUAAGACCCUGCAGUCUAUUUGCAUCCUGGCUGGUGACCACUUCUACAGGGAACAGAAGUAUCAGGAAACAAAACAUGCCGACUGUGUAGCACUCCCCUCUCUGGUUGUCUGUCCACCAACUCUGACUGGCCACUGGGUGUAUGAAGUGGAGAAGUUUGUGGACAAGGAAUAUUUAAAUCCACUACAUUACACUGGUACACCCCAGGAGAGACAAAGACUACGCAGCAAAGUGAAGAAGCAUAAUAUUGUGAUUGCAUCAUAUGAUAUCGUAAGAAAUGAUCUGGAAUUCUUUGGGGCCAUAGAUUGGAAUUAUUGCAUUUUGGAUGAAGGUCACACCAUAAAGAACUCUAAAACAAAGCUCACCAAGGCAGUCAAACAGCUCAAUUGUAACCACCGGUUAAUCCUCUCCGGUACGCCGAUACAGAAUAACGUCCUUGAACUCUGGUCUCUGUUUGACUUCCUCAUGCCUGGGUUCCUUGGCACGGAGCGCCAGUUCCAGGCACGUUACGGCAAGCCUAUUAUCCAGAGUCGGGAUGCGAAGAGCUCGUCCAAGGAGCAAGAGGCUGGUGUCCUUGCUAUGGAGUCGCUGCAUCGGCAGGUGCUGCCAUUCCUGUUGCGUCGGUUGAAGGAGGAUGUCCUCCAAGAUCUCCCUCCAAAGAUUAUACAGGAUUAUUAUUGUGAUCUCAGUCCACUUCAGGUUCAGCUCUAUGAAGAUUUCUCGGAGAGUAAAGCAAGAGAGAAUGUUAAUGAAGAUGUCCUCAGCAGCGAACAGAAGGUCAACCAACAAAAAGCUACACACGUAUUCCAGGCUCUUCAAUAUCUGCGUAAAGUCUGUAACCACCCAGCGUUGGUGUUGACAUCCAAGCAUCCACAGUUUGAGAAGGUGACAGCACAGUUGGCUCAGAAGAACAAUGCUCUUGCAUUGAAUGAUAUCAAUCAUUCCAGUAAACUAGUCGCACUCAAGCAACUUCUGCUGGACUGCGGCAUUGGAGUGGCAUCAAGUGUCGUCAACAACCUAGGGGAUUUUGGCCCUAUCGUCAACCAGCACAGGGUGCUUCUCUUCUGCCAACUCAAGAGCAUGCUCGACAUUGUGGAACAUGACUUAUUUAAGGUGCAUAUGCCUUCAGUCACAUACUUGAGGUUGGAUGGUAGUGUCCCGGCAGGAACUCGCCACGGUUUGGUCAGCAGGUUUAACAAUGACCCAUCCAUAGACGUCCUCCUCUUGACGACUCAUGUGGGUGGUCUCGGUCUCAAUCUCACGGGAGCAGACACAGUCAUAUUCGUGGAGCAUGAUUGGAACCCCAUGAAAGAUUUACAGGCUAUGGAUCGAGCCCAUCGUAUCGGACAGAAGAAGGUUGUCAAUGUGUACCGACUGAUCACACGGGGAACGUUAGAGGAGAAGAUCAUGGGGCUACAGAAAUUCAAAAUAAAUAUCGCCAACACGAUUAUCAGUCAAGACAACUCCAGUCUUCAGUCAAUGGGGACUGAUCAGUUACUUGAUCUAUUCACAUUGGAAGAGAACAAGAAGGGUGCAAAUGCUGCUGGUGGCAGCAGUAAAGAGGGUACAGAGAAGGAUGGGGCCAAAAAUGUGAUCGAUAGUUUGGAGGAGUUAUGGGAUGAGAAGCAAUAUGAAGAUGAAUAUAACUUGGACAAUUUCAUAUCAUCACUUUCUAAUUGAGUGGUUUAUGGGCAUUGAGACGAGGUCUGUCUUGUAUUCUGUAUGGUGGAAAAUUUAGUUAUGUGGAUUUAAAGGUUACUGUCAGAGGUUGACAAUCUGAAAUGUUUUGUGUUUUGAUAUGAAUAAAAUGAUGUUGGGUACUCCUACAUACAUCGUUGUAACAACUGUGCUUGGAUUUGGGCAUGCAAUUAGUUCAAGAUUUUGAUGUGGAAUUGUUUAGUACAAGAUGAAAUGGACAUGAGAAGGCAUGCAACUCGAUGACGUACGUGUAGAUUACAUACAAAAGGAUCAAUCUUGUGACUUGAUCCUAAAAAGAUCUCUAUCCAUGACAACACGGAGCAGUCUUUACGCGCAUUAGAUUAAUUUUGAUGUACAAUGUACAUUGUAAGUUAAUGGCUCAGCAUGUAGCUGAUCACUGUAAAAGCUGCCCGAGUGCUACAGGAAACUGUGAAUAAUUAUACUACCUUAUUUCUAUUUGUGUCCUACUUACUUGUGUUAAAGACCUCCAAUAUAUUUAUGCAAUAAUGAAAAUAUGGCUAGGCCUGUACAUGAAGUUUUCAAUGUUUGCCUUGAUCUCACUUUCUGUCGUGGAUUAGUAAUUAUAUGAUGUCAGUUAUUAAAUGAAUUGUUUAUUGAAUGGUGCAGCAAUGACGUUCAUGUAAGUUCACAAUUUUGUGGAUGUUUCCUGAAAUGGCUUAUGAGUUAAUUUCUGAAUUGUUUCAAUAAGUUAUUCGUAGACUUGAUGUAAAAGUGAAGUAUCAUGAAAAGUGCAUUUUGACACAUGUACAUGCAGCACGGACAAAAUCUGGUGAUGUCUGAUGUCUACAAUGUAGAAGGUUUCUAUAAAACAUCAACCAGUUGUCGUCUAUCAGACAUCUAAAGUCCAACAUUCUUUACCACGAAAUAGAAAAUUUGAACAGUCAAUUCAUCUACACCAACCAGUUGAUGUCUAUGGAUAGAUGUCUUGAUCCCAAUAGACAUCUACACCAACCAGUUGAUGUCUAUGGAUAGAUGUCUAGAUUCCAAUAGACAUCUACACCAACCAGUUGAUGUCUAUGGAUAGAUGUCUCGAUCCCAGUAGACAUCUACACCAACCAGUUGUCGUCUAUGGAUAGAUGUCUCGAUCUCAGUAGACAUCUACACCAACCAGUUGAUGUCUAUGGAUAGAUGUCUCAAUUCCAAUAGACAUCUACACCAACCAGUUGAUGUCUAUGGAUAGAUGUCUAGAUUCCAAUAGACAUCUACACCAACCAGUUGAUGUCUAUGGAUAUAUGUCUAGAUCCCAAUAGACAUCUACACCAACCAGUUGAUAUCUAUGGAUAUAUGUCUAGAUCCCAAUAGACAUCUACACCAACCAGUUGAUAUCUAUGGAUAGAUGUCUAGAUGUCUAGAUCCCAAAAGACAUCUACAUAUACAUCAACCAGUUGAUGUCUAUAAAUAGAUGUCUAGAUCACCAGAUCUUCCCUAUGUAGCUUGUAAUGGCUAUGUUUAUCACUGUUUAUCUACCUUCCUCACUAGAAAUUGCAUUUUACGCAAUCCUUGAUUAAAGUCCGGCAGAUGAACUGCCCCAUUGUCUAUAA